AUGAAGGGACCCAGUACGAUAUCGAUACCUAAGAUAGGUCAGCAUGCUUGUGACCGGCUGCUGAAACGGUUGCUUGAAGCUCUUCGCCGAUUGCCCGUAAAGUGCACUAAGGUGGAAACAGCAUUUGCUAAGGAACCGACACCCGAAGAUGAAAUGAAGGCAGAAAUCCACGUGACACUGGUCCGUUUGGUUGCGGAGGCCCAAUAUUCGAUGUCUAUCUUGUGUAAGGUUAAACAAGAUCCGGAAUGGGUUUCUGAUCAGGACGGACACUUGAGAACAAUGACGCAUGUGCAGGAGGCCACGGAAGUUAUUCACCUCAUUCGUGAGCAACUCCGACAACUUUGA